AUGGAGGACCUCCGAGAGGUGAUGGAGGACCACCAAGACUUGGAGGACCACCAGGGGGUGAUGGAGGACCACCAGGAGGUGGUUUGGGGUCACCAGGAGGUGAUGGAGGACCAUAAGGAGGCGAUGGAGGACCACCAAGACUUGGAGGACCACCAGGGGGCGAUGGAGGACCACCAGGAGGCAAUGGAGGACCACCAGGAGGCGAUGGAGGACCACCAGGAGGUGAUGGAGGACCAUCAGGAGGUGAUGGAGGACCACCAAGACUUGGAGGACCACCAGGAGGCGAUGGAGAACCACCAGGAGGCGAUGGAGGACCAUCAGGAGGUGAUGGAGGACCACCAGGGGGUGAUGGAGGGCCACCAGGAGGUGAUGGAGGACCACCAAGACUUGGAGGACCACCAGGAGGCGAUGGAGAACCACCAGGAGGCGAUGGAGGACCACCAGGAGGUGGUUUGGGGUCACCAGGAGGCGAUGGAGGACCACCAAGACUUGGAGGACCACCAGGAGGCGAUGGAGGACCACCAGGGGGCGAUGGAGGACCACCAGGAGGUGGUUUGGGGUCACCAGGAGGCGAUGGAGGACCACCAAGACUUGGAGGACCACCAGGAGGCGAUGGAGGACCACCAGGGGGCGAUGGAGGACCAUCAGGAGGUGGUGGAGGACCACCAGGGGGUGAUGGAGGGCCACCAAGGGAUGGAGGGCCACCAAAGGCCACCAGAGUUGGAGGACCACCAAGAGGAGUUGGAGGACCACCAAGGCUUGGAGGACCUCCAAGAGGAGUUGGAGGACCAUCAAGAGGAGUUGGAGGACCACCAAGACUUGGAGGACCUCCAAGAGGAGUUGGAGGACCACCAAGGGAUUGAGGACCACCAAGAGGAGUUGGAGGACCACCAAGACUUGGAGGACCACCAAGAGGAGUUGGAGGACCUCCAAGACUUGGAGGACCACCAAGAGGAGUUGGAGGACCACCAAGACUUGGAGGACCACCAAGAGGAGUUGGAGGACCACCAAGAGGAGUUGGAGGACCACCAAGACUUGGAGGACCUCCAAGAGGAGUUGGAGGACCUCCAAGAGGAGUUGGAGGACCUCCAAGGGAUGAAGGGCCACCAAGGGCCACCAAGGGCCACUAAGGGCCACCAAAUGGAGGCGCUGGGCCACCAGAACCCCACGGAUGGCCACCAAGACUUGGAGGACCACCAAGAGGAGUUGGAGGACCACCAAGACUUGGAGGACCUCCAAGAGGAGUUGGAGGACCACCAAGAGGAGUUGGAGGACCACCAAGAGGAGUUGGAGGACCACCAAGACUUGGAGGACCUCCAAGAGGAGUUGGAGGACCACCAAGAGGAGUUGGAGGACCACCAAGACUUGGAGGACCUCCAAGAGGAGUUGGAGGACCUCCAAGGGAUUGAGGACCACCAAGAGGAGUUGGAGGACCAGCAAGACUUGGAGGACCACCAAGAGGAGUUGGAGGACCUCCAAGGGAUGAAGGGCCACCAAGAGGAGUUGGAGGACCACCAAGACUUGGAGGACCACCAAGAGGAGUUGGAGGACCUCCAAGGGAUUGAGGACCACCAAGAGGAUUUGGAGGACCACCAAGAGGAGUUGGAGGACCACCAAGAGGAGUUGGAGGACCACCAAGACUUGGAGGACCUCCAAGGGAUUGUGGAUCACCAAGAGGAGUUGGAGGACCACCAAGACUUGGAGGACCUCCAAGAGGA